AUGAUCACACAUAGCGGUACAAGUAACGGUACGAGUGAGAGCGCUUCCACAACCUUCAUGCCGACCGCAACGCUUCUUCAACGCCUCUUGAAGGAGGAAGGAGCCUUUUUCCAUCCUGCUAUGCAAGUACGUCCCAUCGCGCGGAUGGGAGGCGGCUAUGGCGUGAUGGCGGCAGAGUCACUGACACCAGGAAUGCUUCUCGCUGAGAUACCUUGGCACUCGAUGAUCACUCCUAGUAAGGUGCGCCGCCACGUGGCCUCGUAUGAAUGCCGAGGGCGAGGUAUCUGUUCUGGCGGCAAACAACCAAGCAUUGCUAAGCCCUCAGAGGCUGCGUUAGCGAGUAUGGAACGAGAGUUGGCAGAGCGUUUGUCCCCAACAAACAGUAUUGUUUGCUUCUUGCUCUUGGCAGCUGCACAAGAGGGUCGUUUCACCCCUCCUUUAGGCCCAGCGGCGGUGAAUGCUGCUUCCACGUUGCCUACCACCACGACCAAAGAAGAGAAGAGCGACCUCGUGUGCAAUCACAAGUGGAUGAAACCUUGGCUGCUUUCGCUACCAGCUCAAUACGAUAAUCUCCUUGAGCUGUGCCCAGAACCGAAUAAGGAGCCUAAUGAAGACAGGCCCGAGGCCGCGGAAUGGAAUGAAGGUGCCACGACGGAUGCAUACCUCCAAUCUUUUUUAUUCUUUGAGCGGCACCGCAGCAAGACGCUCCGUGAACAGGAGAAUGUGAAGGUGGAGUUCGACGCUUGCCGAUCUGUACUGUCAGUGUUGAACGCCUUACCACGCCCUGAAGGGCAGGGACCGCUGGUUCCAGCUACCCUGCGCCAGUUUCUUUGGGCCUAUAAUACUUUGAUGACGCGAGGCUUUGCGUAUGAUGCGGAGGUUUGGGCUCUCAUGCCAUGGGUGGACUACUUUAACUAUUCGUUAACCAGUAACGCCACAAUGAAGUUUGACGCCAAGCGACGUGCAUACAUCUUCGAGACAUUGUUGCCGAUCAAGAGCGGUGAGCAGAUCCUGCUGCAUUACGGCUCCUAUACAGAUAUGGAGUUGCUUCUGUGGUACGGAUUCACCCUCACACCGUUCCUUCUGCCUGAACUUGCCAGAAGCACCAAACGAGAGGAAUCCUUUCAGACAUUACGGAGGCUUUUGUGUGAAGAGGCUGUCGCGUCUGGUACUGGCCACGACGAAGAGUUUAUGAUCGCAGUGGACACCGCGUUGGGGUAUUCUUUUUCACCGUGGGCAGAGGCAGACGGAUCAUACCCACGACCAAAACCUCGUGAGUCAUGGAUUGAGCAGCUCAUCGCUUCCUAUGUGGCAGCAGUGAGAAAAGUCAGGGGUUGCGGUGACACGUAUCCCUCCAUUCUUGCUGCAGCUACAGCCGCGGAUAAACUUGUAAAGGGGUUUGUGGCAAUUCAAGGGCAUCAAAUGCCGUCGCAAUUAAUUGCCCACGACUGCCGACUAGGAGCAAGAGGCCCCUCACCGUCAAUGCUGCUGCUGCUGAAGUAUUUCAGCCGCGUCUGUUCUUCUGGCAGCGCAGGCAUUCGUUUGACAACUUCCGAGGUUCUCCGAGCCAUCUGCUGGGCAGAGUUGGUUUGUAACAAUUAUGAUGCAGCGACGGGCUCCUUUGGGGUGAGGGAUACUGCGGCGCUAUCUACGGUUGAUGCCGUCAGGAGAAUGGCGCGACAGGCGUCGCUGGAUGCUGCUUCCCUGUUGCAUUUUUUGGCACUGGAAGCGACAGAAGCGGAGUUGAAGAUUUACCUUUCAAGGGGUAACGAGGGAUAG